CUGUCAAAAAUUGGAAGCUUCUAAAAAAAUUAAUUCCCAAAAAUUUUGCAAACCGCAUUUCACUCAAACAAGCAUUUCUUUUUAAAAUAAAAAUAAGCACAAUUUGUUGUAAAAAACAUUAAAAUACUAUGUCCGAUACUACAGAAAAAACUGUUCCUGAAGGAUGGGAAGUUCGCACAAGUCGAUCCACAGGAAUGACUUAUUAUUUAAAUAUCUAUACAAAGGAAUCCCAAUGGGACAUGCCAACGGAGCCAGCCGCAAAACAGGGUCCCAACGAAGUCCGUUGUUCCCAUUUGCUAGUAAAGCACAAUAAAAGUCGACGGCCAAGUUCCUGGCGAGAAGACAACAUUACACGUUCCAAAGAAGAAGCACGCACAAUUCUUGAGGAGUAUAAGAAACAGAUUGAAUCUGGAGAAGCGACUUUGCAUGAACUCGCUGAGAAAUAUUCUGACUGCAGUUCAGCUAAACGUGGAGGUGAUCUUGGAAUGUUUGGACGAGGACAAAUGCAAAAACCAUUCGAAGAUGCUUCCUUCAGUUUGAAAGUUGGAAAAAUGUCAAAAAUUAUUGAAACUGAUUCCGGACUGCAUUUAAUUCUUCGUACACAAUAAAAAUACAAAACAAGUCAAAAUUAGUUGCGUAGAUUAAAAAAUAUCUUUAAUUAAUCUCUAACAUUACAAAAAAAAAAAAAACAAUGAAAUAUAUAAAAACUUAAAAUCUAA